UUACGAACGCUUAUUAAAGUAUUUCGUGGUCAAAAUUUAUUUAUUCGUGUUAAAUAGCCGCUUGCGAAGCAUCUUGUGAUAGCUUGGACGACAACAACAUAAGUAUUUAAAAUGGCGAAUCGACCUGUUGGUUUUGGAUAUACUGCUGAAACAACAAAAAAGAUUGACGCCAAGUACGAUCUUGAAAGUGAGCAACAGGCAGUAGAAUGGAUUAAUGCUGUUCUCGGAGGGAGCGAACUAGGAACAGUUAAAGGAAAGGACGAAGUACAACAAAAAUUAAAAGAUGGUAUCAUUCUUUGCAAGCUUAUGAAUACUUUACAACCAGGGGCCAUUCCUAAAAUACAUCCGGCUAAUGCGAACAAAUUCAAACACAUGGAAAACAUCUCCAACUUUUUAACGGCAGCCGAGAAAUAUGGUUGUUCCCGUGGAGAUUUAUUCCAAUCAGUUUACUUGCAAGAUAACCAAAAUAUGGGCGCCGUUAUUGGCGGAGUUCAUGCUUUAGGAAGAAAGGCACAAGUAAACAAUUUCAGUGGACCAGUUUUAGGACCCAAAGAAGCUCAAGCGAACAAGAGAGAAUUUUCCGAAGAGCAAUUGUUACAUGGUAGAGUUCAUGGUAUCUAGAAACCAUUCCUCUUUCAGAUGCCUUCAAAAUAUAUUUCAAUCUGCAGCUUCCUUUGUGGGUACCGAAAACAGCCAGCAGAAUCUUUAUAAAAUGAAUUGUAAUAAUUUAUUUAUACAUCUGAUAUUUUUAUUGUAAAUACAAAAACUACAACAAUAUGAAUCUUGAAAAAUAA